GCUGAAUCCAGGCGCUGGGAUCGGUCUUUCAACCUGGCGCCUGGAUGUAUCAGGCUUUAAUGAAUCAUAGCUGAAGGUAAGACUAUUGGCAUUCAAAAACAUCCACUUGCAACACAAGUCAAAAUACUCCUUUCAUUGUCCUCAAUCUUUGCAAUGGCAUCGUUUCCUACGAGCUCACCCGAGUCGUCCACUUCCCACACCCCAGAUUACAGGGUAACUCACAGCAGCUCCCAUGCAGUCGAGAAUUCCCACUCUGAGAUUGUUCGAGGAACGGACACUACUAGUGCUUUUCGGUAUAACAUCCAAGUCGGUCUGAUGUCAAGUUACGCAAUGGUGCUGGCGUGCUACCUCGACACACCGUAUCCUAACAGCCCAUCGUCCCCCUCCCGCACCCCCGAUCAUAGUGCAGUUCCCUGCAAAUAUCUUGGACUCGAGGAAGCUUCACGUCGCAAAGACACUUGCAAUGUUGUCAUUUUUGGACAAACAGGCGCUGGUAAAACUUCUUUGGUCAACUUGAUUACAGCGGUGCCGACGUCCCCCGACGCCGAGGGAUGUACAAGGCAAACCAUCGUGUACGGGUAUGAUGCUGUGGCUCAUAACAGGAUCGUAAAGGUACAGCUGUUCGACACGGCCGGUCUUGAUGAGGACUCUGAGGGAACAGACCUCAACGAGCAAGCCCAGAUGGGCCUGAAGAAGCUCAUUAGAACCCUUAUGACGAAAGGGGGCAUUCAUCUUCUCGUGUACUGUGUGCAGGGCACAGACGACGCCUCGGCGCUCCAGCGCAAUUACAAGUUAAUCGACUCCGAAGUGAAAGCAAGAGUCCCUGUCGUCCUUGUCGUUACAGGUCUGGAAAACCGAGAACCAGACAUGGAAGAGUGGUGGAGGAGUAACGAGAGAUCCAUAUUAGACCUGGGGAUGAAGUUUGCUGGCCACGCGUGUAUUACCGCGUUGACCAUCAAUGAGGGUGGUACAGAUGGAGUGAGGCAGCGCCGCGAAGAGUCAUACCACGCCGUUUGCGACCUUAUCGCACAGUGUUAUUCACAUGAUGGGACGGGGAUGCCUAAUAUGCGGAGGACUAAAAACAUCGUACUCUUUGGGGAGGCGGGUGCAGGCAAAAGCUCGGUCGUCAACCUCAUGGCAGGAAGUGAGGUAGCAAAGACAUCUCUCGGCAUACAACGCUGCACGCUCGAUUGGCAAGACUAUGUCAUCGACUUCGGAGGGGAGUCUUAUAAGGUGUUCGAUACCAUGGGCAUCGAGGAAUCGGGACUUGAAAAGAAAGAGUACCUCGCGGCAGCCGCAAACGCCUAUAGGUUUAUCAAGACGUUGGAUGCGGAAGGCGGUGUUGACCUGCUUCUGUUCUGCGUUCGCGCCGGCCGAUUCACCGCUGCGCUUCAGAGCAAUUACAGAUUCUUUUAUGAAUUUCUCUGUAACAAGAAGGUACCCAUUGUUCUCGCAAUUACGAACCUCGAAAGAGAGCAGAGGAUGGAGGACUGGUGGGAGCGAGAACAUAGCAUCUUCGCUCGAUAUCAAAUUCACGUUGCUGACCAUGCGUGCAUAACCGCUGCUAACAGAUUGGAAGGCACACACCGACAAUUUUAUGAAGAUUCGCGUGUCGCGAUGCGCGACCUUGUCAAACGGAAUAUCGCUGGCAAGCACAAUGACGUAUGGACAGGAGGGAACAAGGUGUUCGUGGCGUUGAUGCAAGCACUGAAGAUUUUUGGAAAGAAUCGGUAUAUCAGAAAGAACGCCCUUAUCGGACAACUGAAGCGUAGUGGCAUGUCCCCAGAAACCGCAAGAGAGCUGGCCGAUGUGAUCGAGCAAGGGGAGGUGACUACUUGACUUACGUUUUCUUGUGCUUUUAUACUUGCAGAUCGUCGUUGAAGGAUACAUCAUUGACAUAUGUGACCAGGCGUUUUUUUAUUUCUGUUUGUACAAAUUCUGCCAAUUUGAAUAUGAACGGUUCAGGAUGGAGGCAGAAUUCAUCAUCAGAACCAGUGACUUCGAGACCCGGUGACCGAUUCAGAUAUGGCCAAAGUUUUACACUCGCGUUGAACACUUCCUGCUACUUAAACUUAAUGAUUGAAAUGUCAGAGAUUCCGCCCAUGAUUGCGCCGCAGGAGGACGUCUUUGGUAACGUACCAGAAAC